AUGGCUCACGCCCGCGUCCUCAAGACAGUUCAUUUCCCCACAUCUGACAAAACUCUCUGGCAGGCUGUCUGGGCCGGAUCCCCUGUCAGCUUCAGAGGUCUAAAGCCUUCCUGCUGCCCGAGGGUGGGUGGGGUGGGGGCGCUGUGGGCGGGAAACCAAAGUUCUCAGGCAGCCCAAAACUUUGUGGACCUGCAGUUUGUGCUGGAGCCUGCAGACACUGUGACAGUGCGGGGGGAUGUCCUGCAGCUGGACUGUCAGGCCCGGUCAGACCAGGGCACACCUGUCAUCACCUGGAAAAAGGACGGGGUCCUGCUGAGCACUGUGGUGGAUGAAAGGAGACGGCAGUUGGCCAACGGCUCCCUGGUGGUCCAGAACGUGGUGCACUCGCGUCACCACAGGCCUGACGAAGGCUCCUACCAGUGCUUAGCCUCCCUGGAGGGCUUUGGGGCUCUUGUUAGCAGGACAGCCAAAGUUACUGUGUCCGGUCCCUUGCGGAUGGUGGUUCCUACAGAGUCAGUGUCGACACACCUCGGGGACACAGCUCUCCUGCAUUGUGAGGUGACAGGCGAACCCAGCCCUGUGGUGCGCUGGCAGAAGAACCGCGAGGACCUGCCCCUCCAUUUCACCCCCGAGAGCCGCGUGGUGGUGUUGCCCUCCGGGUCCUUGCAGGUCAGCAGAGUGCAGCCCCCAGACUCCGCCACCUACCGCUGCCUGGCCGAGAACCCAGGAAGUUCCCGCAUCGGAAGUGACGCGGAGCUCAGUGUGUUGCCAGAGCCCGGUGUCAACCGAGGGGUGACAUUCCUGCAGAAGCCAAUGAAAGUGGUUGCUCUUGAGGGAAAUGAUGCCAUUCUGGAGUGCUCCGCCUCCGGCUUCCCAACUCCUUCCUUCUUCUGGAUGAGGGGUGAUGAGAUGCUCCCCACAAGGACAAAGAAGUACUCAUUGAUUGGGGCUAGCAACCUGCUGAUCAGCAGCGUUAUGGAUGAUGACUCCGGCUCUUAUAGCUGUGUGGCUCACAACAAGAAUGAAAACAUCAGUGCCUCCUGUGAGCUCUCUGUUCUUGUGCCUCCCCGGUUUCUGAACUACCCCUCCAACCUCUUUGCCUAUGAAAGUACAGACAUUACGAUGGAGUGCACUGUGACUGGAAAGCCCACUCCAGCUGUUCACUGGAUGAAGAACGGAGAGGAGGUCAUUCCCAGUGACUACUUCCAGAUUGUUGAUGGAAGUAACCUCCAGAUUUUGGGCCUGGUGAAGUCAGAUGAAGGAUUUUACCAGUGUGUUGCAGAGAAUGAAGCAGGAAAUUCCCAGGCUGCCGCCCAGCUCAUCCUACUGGAGCCAGUUGUCCCGAGUUCCAGUGCCCUCCCCUCCGCUCCUUGUGAUGUGGUUCCUGUCCUAGUAUCCAGCCGCUUUGUGCGCCUUAGCUGGCGCCCACCGGUGGAGACUCAUGGGAACAUCCAGACAUACACCAUCUAUUUUACCCAGGAAGGCAUUAACAGAGAAAGGGCUGUGAACACCUCACAGUCUGAGACCCUGCAGCUCACCAUUAACAACCUGAGGCCAGAGGAAACCUACCUCUUCAGAUUGGUAGCCUACAACGAGUAUGGGCCAGGGGAAAGCUCCCCGCCACUCAGGGUGUCCACAAAGCCAGAGUUCCAGGUUCCUGGGGCAGUUGUGAACCCACAGGCAGAGGCCACAUCAUCCACUUCUAUCCAAAUUUCGUGGGAGGCCCCAACCUACGCCAAUGGCCCCAUCCAAGGAUACCGAAUAUUCUGGACAGAGACAGCAACUGAGAAAGAACAGAGUGUUGAGGUGAAUAGUCAGAGUUUCAAGCUGGAAGACCUAAAGAAGUUUACAGAGUAUUCUAUACGUAUUCUAGCAUAUAACCGCUACGGCCCGGGUGUUACCACUGAGGAUCUGAUUGUCACCACUCUCUCUGAUGUGCCAAGUUCCUCUCCGCAGAACAUCUCACUGGAGGUUGUGAAUUCAAGGAGCAUAAAAGUCAGCUGGCUGCCACCUCCAUCAAACACACAGAAUGGCUACAUCACAGGCUACAAAAUUCGCCACAGGAAGACCGGACGCCGAGGGGACCAGGAGACUGUCGAAUCCAAUAACCUCUGGUAUCUGUUCAGAGGCCUAGAGAAAGGAAGUCAAUACAGUUUCCAGGUGUCUGCCUUGACAAUCAAUGGCACCGGCCCGCCCACUGACUGGUACACUGCAGAGACUCCUGAGAAUGACCUCGAUGAAUCCCAGGUCCCAGACCAGCCCAGUUCUCUGCAUGUGCGCCCCCUGAUGACAAGCAUCAUCAUGAGCUGGACCCCACCUCUGAACCCAAACAUUGUGGUCCGAGGCUACAUCAUUGGGUAUGGGGUGGGCAGCCCCUAUGCCGAGACUGUCAGGGUGGACAGCAAGCAGCGCUAUUACUCUAUUGAAAACCUUGAGGCCAGCUCCCACUACGUCAUCUCACUGAAGUCCUUCAACAAUGCUGGGGAAGGAGUCCCCCUCUAUGAAAGUGCAGUGACAAGGUCCCUAACAGACCCGUCAGACCCAUCAGACGAUGAUCUGUUCCAUCUGUUUGAUAAAUUCCCUACUCCCAUCCCAGAUACCUCUACUCCCAUGAUCCCUCCAGUAGGUGUGCAGGCCGUGGCCCUGAGUCCGGACUCAGUUCGGGUAAGCUGGGCUGACAACUCUGUCUCCAAGAACCAGAAGUCCACUGAGCAGCGCAUCUACACAGUCAAGUGGAAGACUAGUUACUCAGCAAGUGGCAAGUAUAAGACUACAGACACCACAGCUCUCAGUCACACCGUCAUGGGACUCAAGCCUAACACCAUGUAUGAGUUUGCUGUCAUGGUAACCAAAGGCCGCAAGUCCAGCACGUGGAGUAUGACUGCCCAUGUAACCACCUACGAAUCAGCUCCAAGCUCCACCCCCAAAGACCUGACUGUUAUCAGUCGAGAGGGGAAGCCCCGAGCGGUCCUCAUCAGCUGGCAACCACCCACUGAGUCCAACGGCAAGAUCACGGGGUAUAUCUUAUUCUACACACUGGACAAAAACAUGCCGAUUGAUGACUGGGUAAUGGAGUCCAUUGGCGGGGAUCGCCUCACCCAUCAGGUCACAGACCUCAACCUGGACACAGUCUACUAUUUCCGCAUCCAAGCCAAAAAUGCCAAGGGGGUGGGCCCCUUGUCAGACCCUAUUCUCUUCAAGAUGCCUAAAGUCGAGCACCCUGACAAAAUGGCUAACGACCAAGGUCGCCAUGGUGACGGAGGCUACUGGCCAUCUGACACAAGUCUGAUUGAUAGGAGCACGCUGAACGAACCCCCCAUUGGUCAAAUCCACCCACCCCAUGGCAGUGUGACCCCACAGAAGAACAGUAACCUACUGGUGGUGAUUGUAGUGUCUGUGGGGGCUGUAACUGUGGUCGUCGUCAUCAUUGUUGCCCUCAUCUGCACUCGCCAUUCCUCUGCCCAGCAAAGAAAGAAACGGGCGACCCACAGCACAGGGAAGAGAAAAGGUAGUCAGAAGGACCUGCGCCCCCCAGAUCUGUGGAUUCAUCAUGAGGAAAUGGAGCUGAAGAGCAUUGAAAAAGCUGCAGGUUCUGCCCCUUCAGGUCGUGAUUCACCAAUGCAGAGCUGCCAGGAGAUCACACCUGUCAGUCAAAGCCAAUCAGAGAGCCAAAUGGGUAGCAAAAGUAGCCACUCUGGUGCUGAUGGAGAUGAGGCACCAAGCAGCAUAUCUACACUAGAGCGCUCUCUUGCUGCACGGAGGGCAACACGCACUAAGCUAAUGAUCCCCAUGGACACACAACCUAGCAACCCCUCUGUGGUUAGUGCAAUCCCAGUGCCAACUCUUGAGAGUGCCCAGUACCCAGGGAUCCUGCACUCUUCCACCUGUGGGUAUCCUCAUUCCCAGUUUACCCUGCGGCCCAUGCCCUUCCCUACUCUUACAGCAGACUGCGGCUAUGCAGCAGCAAUGGCAUCAGAGGGUUCAGCUCCGCACACCCAGCAGCAAACAGUCAUCACCAGUUCACAGUCUGAGCAUGCUAGCACAGAGGAAGUGCCUAACCGGACCAUCCCCACAGCCUGUGUGCGCCCCACCCACCCCCUGCACAGCUUCACCAACCCCCUCCUGCCACCCAUGGGUACUGUUGACUCGAACGUCCCCUACCCACCGCUGAUGCCCCAGUCAAGUGCCAGUCUUCCCAAAGCUCAGGUGAAGACAGCUUCCCUGGGGCAGUCUGGGAAGGCAAGGUCACCCCUGCUCCCAGUGUCUGUGCCCACUGCCCCAGAGGUGACAGAGGAGGGCCAAAAACAGACAGAGGACCCAGCUAGUGUAUAUGAACAAGACGACCUGAGUGAGCAAAUGGCUAGCCUUGAAGGACUAAUGAAGCAACUGAAUGCCAUCACAGGCUCUGCCUUUUAACAUUGGCACUGAACCAGCCCUAUGAAGUAGGAGCACAUUGAUACUCUCCUGUCGGACACGUACAAAAGGUAGCAGGUGUCAGCUCCAUUGGAGGUCACCUCUGCUCUGUUCUCUGCCAAGGCAUCGGCCUUGGUGGGAAGAUUAUCGGCAGUGAGAUAAGAGAAAAACAAGUGAAACUCCCUCAUAUUUUCAGACCAUGUAUACCCUUCUAUAAACUCUGAGUGUGAGUGUGCACCAUUCUUCUUGUACAGAAUAUUGAUUCGAAGACUCAGGUAUCUCAAACAAGACCACUGAUCAUUCCUUCAGUGACCUCUGCUAGACCUCUGCUAGAUGCGUCCUAACCUUCCCUCUGAUUAUAUUCGCAUGGACAUAAGUAGAAGUAUUUUAUUUGCAUUGCUGCCUCAAACUUAUAAAACAAGGAGCAGGGGAUGGAACAUAUUCUUAUACAUACCCAG